CAACGAAUCAGCUGAUAAAAUUUAGGUAUUUCAAAACAUUAGAACGCAAAUUUAUAUCAUUAAAUAAUAUUAAAAUCAAAUAUUAAGUGAAUAAACAUUUUACAUACACAUUUGACUGUUUGCCGAGGAGCACUAACCAACUAUACUUGAUAAUAAAACUAAUUACAAGCAUAUUUAAAUAAAAUCAUAAUAUAUUUUGUUGUUCUACAACUGGGAAGUACGGAAAUUUUUGGUGCUUUUUUGUACAAAUGAAAAUAUUUUUAUAAAAGAACAGACUAGAUAAUGGACUCUGCGAAGCUUAUAAUUUUGGGCUUCUUUUAUGGCUUGUGGGAUAGCAUUAAAGGUAUGACAUUGGUUUUUUACAUUGAUGCUGAAAUUCAUAGACAAAAUGCAGAAAAAGAAGCUGAACGACAGCAACGUAUAAACGAAUGUCAACGCAUGAUGCGGAGAAGUCCCUCACCAGUCCCAUCUUCUGCAUCUGCCAUGUAUGAAGAGCAACGUCAACGCGAAAUGUUGGUAAGAGGCAAUACGAAUCCUGAUGAACGUCGGUUGGAUAAUUUGCCCAAGAAGGAAAAGACCUCAGAAACUACAAUACCUUUUAAACAGAAAAAAAUAGCAAAACAAGUGCUGAAGUCAUGUGCGCUCAACGGCGGUUUCACAUGGAUGAGCAUUAUACUGUUUGAACGCGUACUGCUUCCAACUUUAAAAUUGAUACUAACAUGGUGCUAUGGAGAAAAAUCUCAAGAUCUGCAUAUGAUAUGGGGUUGGCUCUCUUUUUUCCUGUCGAUAAUCUUUGGAAUGAUGUGGGUUUUACCAAUUUUUUUGCUAAGUAAAAUAGUUAGCUCUCUGUGGUUUGCCGAUAUUGCAAACGAGGCAUACAAAGUGCGCAAAGGCAAACCCAAUCUUAUACCGAACAUCAGUAAAUUAGUUGCAGAUUUCCUCUUCAAUUUAGUAGUUCAGGCUUUGUUUUUGGUACAAAGCCAACUGGUCUGCUUAUUUCCCAUUCCGUAUGUUGGCGAAUUUUUAUGUUUUAUACACCUUUGCCUAUUAUAUUCGCUUUAUGCGUUCGAAUACAAAUGGUUUAAUAUGGGAUGGGAAUUGCAUAGGCGUUUAAAUUACAUCGAAAUAAAUUGGCCAUACUUUUUGGGAUUUGGUGUUCCCUUGACCGUUCUGACAAAUAUGACGUCGUCAAUUAUUGUGAGCAGCUGCAUUUUUUCUAUAUUUUUUCCAUUAUUUAUAUUGAGCGGCAAUGAGGCAAAACCAAUUAUUGGAACAACUGACACAGCAUUGCGACUAUUCUCACCCGUUAUAUUUGUAUCUAACCUAAUUUUUGGGGGUCGAAAAGUGAAUAAGGUAACUGCCAAUAAAAGUGCACCUACAAAACAGCAUGUUAACCAUAAUCAGCAUCAACAUCGUCAGCAGUCAAAAGAUGAGCUUAGGAAACGCCGGGAGACUCUUAAUCAACAACAACCGCCUCAAUAUCGCUAUCCUCAACCUCCAUCAAGAAUCAGUCCCGCACGUUUAACUCCGACGCCCGAGCGUCAAAUACGUUAUGCUGACGGUAGUCGUAUCCUUCUACCAACACAUACUCCAGCAGUUCCUGCAUCAGUCCAAAGCAGAAACCACAAUCAACGAAGGUAGUUUUACAUUAAGAAUGACUGUGUGUACGCUUGCGAUAUAUAAUAAGAUGGAUAACAUUUUUUACUUUUAAGUCUAAAAUUUUUUGCAAAUAUGUCUUAAGUUGAGCAAUAUAUGAUUAUAAUUUUUUUACUAAAUUAA